ACACUGUUAAUAGUCUGGCCGGGGGGACUAGUUUUUGUUAAAUUUUUAGUGUUUUUUGCAAAGUUCGGCGAAUUUGUUGGUAGAGAAUUAAGUGACUGCGUUUAAGUGGAUCAGCAAGCAACGCGCGCGCUUGCACCCAAAAGUGUUUAGUGCUCCAGCUCCUGGCGGCUUGGAAAAAUCCGCGAAUGCGGCAAAAGAAAAGUGCAGAGUAAAUAGAAAUUCGAAAAUUUGAAUAUAGUUGAAUUAAAACCCAAACUGAACAGUUAACGUUGGCAGAAAAAGAGUUAAGUGAAACCUGGUUCUGGCUUGGUCUCGGCAUCGUGUUCGGGAGUGCCGAGUUUUCCGACCCCGCGAGACGAGGGUGGAAAACGCGUGAAAAGCGUGAAAAGAAAGGAAAACGACAGGCAAGGCGUUGUGCGUGUGUGAGCCUGGGAAUAAUGUGAAUAAAUAAAAGGCGCUGCCAGAAGGAGGAUACACCCGUCAAACACAAAAACCCCACGGAAGCGCGGAAUGUCCGAUCAAGCACGGUCUUCGGGGGAUCGGGAUGAGGAGUAGCUGCUGCAGAAUCCAGUUUCUGGCUGCUGUGAGGCAAGGCGUUUUGUCAGGAUUGAAAUCGAAUCGAAGCGAAAACCACCGCCGCCGCCACCAAAAACAACAACAUCUACCAUAAAAACAACAACAGAAAAAGCGGAGCCAAAAAUUUCUUGGCCCUUUCCUUGCAUCACUGCACCCGCCGUCGCCGCCGCCACAGCCUGGUUAUUCCUGUUUGACUUCAUUUUCACUCGUUUCGCUGCCGAUUCGGCGCUACUUUCGCCACAAAAGAUUUAAACACAAUUUUCGGAAGGCAAGAUGUCGACGCGCUCGCAAUUAACCAAGGACUUGAACGAAAGCGUCAAAUCGAUUCUGGGGCGCCACACAAAGAUACUCGUCAAGUAUAUGGUCAAAUUGGAAACGAAAGGCGAUAAGACGGAGAAUCGUGUUUUGGUCUUUACACCCGUGCGGGUUUACCUGCUCAAUGCCAAAGUGCCAACAAAGAUCGAAUGCCAUUUCCACUAUCUGGACAUUGUGGGUGUCGAGAGCAAGAAGUCCACCCACUUUUCCAUUGUGACCAACGAUCGGCCAUACUCGUUUGCCACCACCGGCGAUGCGGGCAAUUUCAGUUCGAACGCUGAUGUCAUUCUAACCGAUUUGGCCUCAGCCAUCAAGCAGAUAUUUCCAACAGUUCCUCUAAAAUACAUCAUACGCAAGAUCGAUAUACAGCCACCGGAACGGGAGACAAUCUUCUCCGAGGAAUUUCGACCCUCCGAUCCGCGUAAUGUGGGACCCUGCGGUGGCUUCAGUGCCCAGUACGCGUGCAUGUGCGACUUCCAUGGGGUGCCAUACCGCGAGGAGGUGGCCUGGGAUGUGGACACCAUCUAUCUGUCCCACGACACACGAGUUCUCAACCUGCGCGACUUUGACCACUUGGAACCAAAAGACUUGAUGGCCAUCGUUUCGGCGCUGGAGUACAAUACGUUUUUUCGUGGCCUAAAGGCCGCUCACAUGCGUCUCUCCCACGAAACCCUGGAACGCAUCCUGCACGUGCUCAAGCGCUCGAUGUGGCUGGAGGAGCUGCAUCUGGAGGCUUUAGGCUUAAGAUGGGAUUUCCUGAACAAGUUAUCUAUAUCUGUGAUAACGAAUAGCAAUCCCGCCAUUCGCACCAUCGAUCUUAGCCACAAUAUAAUUGAGGACAAAGGUGCCAUACAUCUGGCCGGGCCCAUAGCCAAGGUGUCAAAGGGUCUGUGCAAGCUGGCCCUGGCCCACUGCGGCCUAACCUCGAAAGGCGUCAACCAGAUGUCGCACUCACUGACGCUCAAUCAAAGUAUUUCGAACUCGCUCACGUAUCUAGACCUAAGUGGUAAUAGUCUCAAAGAUGAUCUAACCAAUCUGCACAAUUUUCUGGCCCAACCGAAUGUGCUGGAGCACCUGGAUCUGGCCUCUACAGACAUCAUGCUGGAGAAUCUGUUUGGAGCUCUGCUGCGCGGCUGUGCCACGCAUUUGGCCCACCUGAAUGUCUCCCACAACUCGUUCAGCACGAAGAAGGGCAAGGAGAUACCGCCCUCGUUCAAGCAGUUCUUCACCAGCACUUUGAGCCUCAAGCAUCUGAACAUCGCCGGCUGCAAGCUGCCCAUGGAGGCGCUCAAGAACCUGCUGCUCGGCCUGGCCUGCAACGAGUCAACGGCGGGCCUCUAUCUGGACCUCAGCAGCAAUACGCUGGGCACCCAAGGCGCCCACGUUCUCGAGUCCUGCAUACACGGCGUGCGUGUGCUCCAGAGUCUGGACAUCAGUGACAACAAUCUGGAUGCAGAGCUCGCGCCUGUGCUCACGGCCAUCUCGAAGAAUCCCUCGAUACGAACGCUGCACCUGUGCCGCAGUCUGACGGGCAUGAAGCCGAAGCACAUACCCCCUGUGAUGGAUGCCCUGGUGAACCUCAUCCAGAAGGACGACUUCCCGCUGGCAGAGCUGGUGUUGUCAGAGAACAAGCUGAAGCACGAUCUGCACGACUUUAUCAACGCCCUCGGCAGCAACCAGAGUCUCCAGAAGCUGGACAUUAGCGGCAACUUCAUGGGCGACGUGGGCGCUCGGCUCCUGGCCAAGGCGCUGCAGAUCAACAACCGCUUGCGCACCAUUUACUUGGACAAGAACGGGGUCACGCUGCAGGGGUACGCAGACAUUGUGUACGCGCUGGAGCACAACCACAGCAUGCGCACCAUCCCCUUUCCGGUGUUCGAUAUUGCGCCGCACCUGAAGAACCAUCCGGACAAGACGGACGCCGUCAUGCGCAAGAUGCAGGAGCUGCUGCAGCGCAACUGCAACGGUCUGCAGCGGACCAAUGGCCAGGGCUUUCGGCUGCAGCACGGCUUCAUGCUCUCAUCCACACACCAGCUGGUGGACAAGCUUGUGGCCGAGACGCAGGACACCAUCUCUAUAGCCAAGGGCGGUGGCGGCGACUCGGCAGCCUCUGCGGUCCAGCGACUGAUCACCGACGCCGAGAACUGCAAGCAGCUGAUGCCCAAGCUACAGGAGGCCGUACGCAGCGAUGCCCAUCCCAUCGAGAUGAAGCUGACGCGCGUGGCCAGCGAGCUGGGCUACACCAUCAAGAGCUACCUCGAGGAGACCCUGGAGACCAUGAUACGCACCGGCAUAGAGCAGUGUCCCAAAACCCUGGGCAACCAGAUAGUGAUCCAAGAUCUCCGCAAGGCGCUCGCCGAGCGACUGGUAGUUCCCGAAGACUUUCUACAGACCUGCCUCCUCAACAAUGCCGGCAGCGAGAUAAUGAACAAAGUUGGUGAGAUUGAGCAGACGCUGGCAGCCGCCAUCUCGGACCGGGCAACGGAUGAGGUGCUGGAGGCAUUGACCCGCUAUCGCCGUGGCAUGGGCAUCUCCGAGUCGCCGUCGGUGCUGCUGGAUGAACCCCAGACGCCGGACAUUGUACGCAGUCGCUCCAGUCAUGAUGCAGACGGGCUGAUCAUACGCCCGGGCGGACGCGGCUCGAUACUGCCCAAGCUGGGCCUGGAAUCGCCCACUAAAUUGGAAUAUCUCAACCUUGCCACUCCCCAUCUGCCCACCAAGCGGCGCAGCGUUGCGCGAAAAGUUCGUCCCCAGUCGGUCGUGGAGAAUCUCAGCCUGAGCCACAUUCCCGAUCUGUUGGAGUCGCCCUCCUCGCAUCGCUCCAACUCCCAGCUGUCGACCCGCGGUGCAGCAGCCGGGGCCGCUGCUUUGGCCGCUGCCAGCAACAUGACGGACAGCAUCGCGGCCAUGGACGAUGGCGGCGUCGACGAGUGCUGCGACUCCAUCACCGAGCUGCCCAGCGCCUCGUUCCAGCUGCAGCAUCUGGUCAAGGGACGCCCCAAGCGGGCCAAGACGCGCGCGCCGACCCGUCCGUUGGUCAGCGCUGAGUGCGCCGGGGGCGGCAGGGAGAUUGGCGAGGGACUGGAGCAUUUCUUUCGCCCGGGAUCGGUGACACCCACCACACUGACGCCCCUCGUCUCGCCCACGUCGGAGGAGUGCAGCUCGCUGUCGUUCGUGGACAGCCCUACCAUGAGCCGCGAUGGCAACGGACACAUGACCUCCGAGGAGACUACACCCAUCCUGGAGGAGCGCCGACCAAUUAAAUUAGAGCGCCAGUCGCCCCUCCUCAAGAGUGCCUCCUGGGCCACACGAUCGCGCUCCACGGAUAAUCUUGAGAAGUAUUCGCCUCUGGUGGGACGUAAAUCGCCGCUGGUCAAGAUGCGCACUGAGGGUGGGCCUGGCUCGGGCGCUGCCAUGGAAGAAGUGGCCACAUCCGGACUGCUCAAAGCGGGCAACCGCGACGACAAGAUGCGCUCGCCCAGCAGCGAUUCGAUCAAGAGCCACGCCACCAGCGGCGAGGGCAGCGUGAUAGUGAAGACGGGCAACGGAAUCCUGCGCACACCCAUUGUGCUGCAGAAGCCGCGUCCCUGGUCUGUGGUGGGCAGCGAGCCAAAGUCCAGCAGCGAGCUGGUGACUGGCAACGGAACCGCCGACUCCAACAAAACGACGCCAGACAAGCUGCAAGAAGGUAAGAAGAUAACAAAUUUGAUUGUGGCACUAAUAAAUCGUUCCUGUUCAGAUGUUGAGGUGCUAACCUUUGGACAGAGCACCGGCGGAUCAAUAGUGGGCAUCACACCGGGCAUAGCCAUAGCAGGUGGCGGCAGUGGCGGCGGCAGCAUUGUGGGCAUCACACCAGGAGCUGCCCUCGAGAAAAAGUCUGUGCGCGAGCUGGCCGCAGGUCUCAGUCGAUUGGAACUCCCCCUGAAACCGCCCGUUAUGCCCAGAACCCUCAUGAACGCAGCAGGUGGUCGCACAAGCAACACAUCGUCCACCUCGUCAUUGUCAUCCACCGCCAGCGGCGGUGCAACCACAACGACGACAACAACGACGACAGUAUUAAACACACAGAACCAGGCGCGCUCUAGGAUUGUGAGCACCACGAGCAGCAACAGCGAGAGCCAGGAGACGCUGAGCAAGACCACCAUCACAGAGCACGGCAGCAGCAGUCUCUCCAGCAGUCACUCCAGCCACACCGAGAAGAAGCACGCCAUGGCCUGCGCCAGCCUCAUCAGCAACGAGAUACUGAGCAUGCGCAACGGCCAGCUGAGCGGCAAGUCGGCUGUCAGCUGUGCGGAGAGCGGCGGCGUCAAGCGCAUCGCUGGCAAGGAGAUCUCUACGCUAUUCGAGGAGACAUUAGCUGAAGACCUGCAGCGCAACAUCUCGACUCGACGCCUGUUUAGAGAGCCUACGCCCUAUACCAAGGAGGAUGUCGUUGAUUUAUAAGUGUUCUAGUUAUAUGCUCAACAUUCCUUUAGAUCGUCCCUAGGCCCACCCGCAACCCCUGACCCAUCCAAGAACCCUGCCACAGUUUCGAUCGAUCUAUCGAUUAGAUGAGAUGAUGAUAUGUUUAAGAUGAGGAUAUGCAGAGACGCAAACGAGGUUGCAACUUAUUCGUACUGAACCAUUAAUUUAUGUGCAAUGGCGCGUGUGUUUUGUUUUCCUUUGGCAAUUUUGUGGAAUGAACGUGAUUUAUUUAUUGAUAUACAUAUAUACAUAUAACCUACAUUUUAUCCAAAUUAACCUUUUGCAUAUUUAUAAAGAUGUUUUUGUGUACUAUAUUUUAUAUUUUAUGUAUUUUAAAUGAUUUAAGUGCCAAUUAUAUACAGAACUAAACGAAAUUUACUUUUAGCUCGUGCUAUCAAACAAUUUCAAUGAAACUAACGAAGGAGAGCGCAAUGAAUAUGAUAUAGAUAUGGAGAGAUUGAUGUAUACACUUUAUGUAGAUCGAUUGCGUGCAUAAGAACUAUUUUAAUGGCCUACACCUAAACAAAAAUCUAAAUGAAAUACAAUAUUUUUUAUAACUGCUUCCAAAUACAA